AUGGCAGAGGUUAAAUUGAGUCUUGGACCCUCAUUAAUGGAAAAAGAGAAGAAAAUUUAAGAACUCUAAUCUUAGAAUAAUUAGCUGAAGGAGAAGUUAGAUUUAUCUUAGAUGUGUCUCUAAGAUAUGGAAACAUUAUCCAACUCCUAUAAUAACUAACUCAUUAAUAUUAGAGCAAGACUUUCUGAAAAUGAAGAAGUAAUUAGGAAAAAGGACGAUGAACUAAAAUCUAGAAUGGAUAGGAUCUAGGAGCUCACUAGCCAAAAUAAUGAACUAUAGUAAGAGUUAGAAAACUAAACUAAUACAUCUUUGAGAAUGCAAUAAGAAUAUGAUCUGCUGAACUUCAAGCUUAAUGAUCAAUACAAUUAGAAUAAAUAGCUUAUAGAUGAAUUGAGGAGCUUGAGUAAAGUAAUGGAUGAUAGUGAGAAAAAGAUGGUUUAAAUGGAUUUGGAAAUGGAGAGGUAGAGAAGAGAAAUUGAACUACUGACUAAAUCAAGAGAUUAAAAAGAUAGGCAUCUAACAGUAUUAAUGAAAGAAAAGGAGAAACUUCAUAAAUAGGUUGAUUAAUUAAGCGGUAAAACUGCUAAAUAAGAUAAGGAUAAGGUAGAAGCAGCUGAUUUCGCGAAAAAAUAUUCCAUACUUUCAUCUAAGCCAAAAGAAAAUCUUUAGAUUAUUCAGAAUAGCACUAAAAAUGCAGGAUUAGUAAUGAAUGCUUUUGCUGAUACUUAAUCGCAGAUGAGUUUUUAAGGGGAUCCAUAGGAGCUCAAAAGAGAAUUAUAAAUCGUAAGAAAGGAUUUCAAGAAACUUAAUGAGGAAAUUAUAGAUAAAGAUAAAGAGAUGGAAAAGUUAAAGAAGGAAAAUAUGAAUUUAUUGAAUAGAUGUAGAAAUAACCUUGCAUCAAAGAAAUGA